AUGUUAACCGCCCGAGACCCCACCAGAAUCCCACUCCUCAAAGCAAGCAUCGGCCUCUCCACUGAGAAGGUAGAGACACAACAAUGCACUUGCAAUGCGCAGUACAAGUAUGAGAAAUCAAGAGCAGAGUAUAGUCUGCUGCUGCAGCACGCGGGAAUGGUACGGCAAGAAGAUGGCAGGAGGGGGGAGGAGUUGAGGAAGCUGCAGGCUGAGAAUGAGGAGCUCAGGAGGAGUCUCGAUGCGGCGAGGGAGAUGGAACUUGUUAGUGGGAAGCAGAUUCGGGAGUUGGAGCGAAAGGCUGUGGACGCUGUCAAGGUUUGGAUGAAGGGUUGA